UGUGUCAAGCUUUUCUGGGCAGAUUUUACAGUUAUUUAAAAGAAAAACAUUCGGAUUUCUCUGUGGCCUCUAUAGAGAAUGAACUAGUCAAAAGUUGUGCGGAUGCAAAAGGAAAAGAAAACCGCUUGUGCUAUUACAUUGGAGCCACUAGUGAUGCUGCUACCAAGAUCAUCAAUGAAGUCAGCCGCCCAAUGAGCGCUCAUAUACCCGUGCCUAAAAUCUGUGAGAAGCUGAAGAAAAUAGACCUUCAAAUCUGUGAGCUCAAAUUUGAAAGAAACUUUGACUUAACAUCAGUGGACCUCUCGAAGAUGAGAGUGGCGGAGCUGAAGAAGAUCCUGGAUAGCUGGGGAGAGGUGUGCCGAGCAUGCAUCGAAAAAACAGACUUGGUGAACUUGAUUAAAGAGCUGGCCCCGAAACACACAGCUCCGACAUCUAGGACUGACCUCUGAUGGCCUCUGAAUCAAACAAAACACAUGCCUUCUUAGUGCGUUCAAUUAAUUAAUAUAUUUAUUUUGGCACUGUAGUGUAUUCAGAAUGCAGUGGAGUGACCACAGUGUCACCUGGAUGGUCCAGGAAAAUGGAUCAUGGCAAAUGCUGAUUAAACUGCUAGUGCAGAACUAGCUUUAGGGACUCCAUCUUGGAUAAUUACUUUGGAAUGCUUAAUACGACUUGACUGAAAAGUAGCAAUGAUUUCCAGGGAUAGGAUGAUCUUUUGAAUUACUGGGGAAGUUGCUGAUGGGCUACUGUCCUGUGAGGCUUACUGGUAGCCAGGAUCAAGCUGAGCUGACUGCCGUUGGAACUGGCAGCACUGCUGGGGCUGCUUGGCUCUGCCCUGGAUGCCACUGCGGUGCUCCUGGCGCUGCUGUGCUUGGCCCAGCUUGUUCCUGAGAGGCUUUGCCACCCCCAGUUCACCCCUGCAGAUUGAGAAUUCCUCAGACAUUCUGUUUUGACCACCCCC